CGAACUCUAGAAUGACUUAAGUAAGUUCCUUAGAAUAUUUUUCCUACUGAAAGUUACAACAUGCGUCGUUGUUUAUACAGUAAUAGGAACAAGAAAAACGUCACCUAAGCUCACCCUCACCAAUUGUGGAGUUCACGCAUAUCCCACCUUCUCUCCAGCCCUAAACGCAGUAGUGUUACAGCUCUUUUAGAAUUUGUCUAGUAGGCUUUCUGGUACUUUUUACUGGAAAGCCCUUAUUACGUAGUUUGUUUCUAACGGUAGAUCUUAUGUUUGGGGCGUGUGAGCCGUCUCAAAUACUGUUGGAAGCUUUGCAAAAGAAGGAACUAGCCACGCCUGGAGGCUUCCGGCUACGCCGGAUGCUGCUUCCUUUCCACUGCCGUGGCUUAUGGGUAAGGGUUGUAAGACGUGGCUCUGUAUUCUUGAGCUUUCCAUUUAUUUUCUCUGAGCCUACAGCCUAAGAGGCCGUAUGGCGUCCGCGUCUACCCAACCGGCGGCCUUGAGCGCUGAGCAGGCCAAGGUAGUCCUGGCGGAGGUGAUCCAGGCGUUCUCCGUCCCGGAGAAUGCAGUGCGCAUGGACGAGGCUCGGGAUAAUGCGUGCAACGACAUGGGUGUCCUUAAGUUUGCUCGCUUGGUCAAGUCCUACGAAGCCCAGGACCCUGAGAUCGCCAGCCUGUCAGGCAAGCUGAAGGCGCUGUUCCUGCCGCCCAUGACCCUGCCACCGCAUGGGCCUGCUGCUGGUGGCAGCGUGGCCGCCUCCUGAGAGUUGGCCCUCCCUUGUGCCACUGCCAGGGGAGGAAAGGCCUUGAUGUUCCAGACAAUAAUAAACGUGCCUGUGACUUA